UAGUUUUCCUAAUUGAGGGGACAUGAAGAUUUAAUAAUUGUUCUGUCCAUGAUCAAGAAAUCUCAUAUGGGAAAAAUCCCUUGGCCCAAACUCAAUUUGCCUUUCACAAAAGAAGGCAAACAAGGGAAAGCAGAGAAUGAGAGAAGCUUGAUGAGCAAACCAAUUAAUGUGAAUGAAGAGUACAAACAAGCCUUCAGGACAAAGUCAUACAAUGACAUACGCGACAAAGUACAAUGCCAACUUGAAACAAGCUGUGUUCUUCAUGAAGACCAACCAUCAUCAUCAUCUUCAACUAAUCUUUGUGAAUUUCUGCUUGAGCCCCACCAAGAACCCUUAAUUGCAUUGAACCUCCACCGAUUUGUGGCUAAUUACUUUGAGAUCACCAACGAGGCAAGCCGCAUUUGCGGGUCCCUCCUCACGAGCAUCCGUCAAGCUCGACUCGACCGAACUUCGAUAAAAAACGUGAUAUCAUUCGUUCAAAAAUCGCCCCAUUGUUCGAAUUGGACGUCUGACGAACACCGUGCCGUGCACGAAAAUCUCGUCUUGUUCGCCUCGAAGAAAAACCCAUUCUCGCAGACGGGUCCCCCGAAUUUCCGAGAAUUGCACAAUGGCCACACGCUCUUGCUCCACAACUUGACAUCAUCACAAUGCAAGAAGACUAAGAAGAAGAAAAGGAAAAAUCUUUUGAAAAGGGCCAUUGUGGGCUUUAUAGUGAUGAUGGGAUUUGGUGCAUUGGCCUUUGCACUAUUGCUAGUCUCUAACCCUUGCUUAUUGGGCUUGGUGGCCCCACCCGGGCUUGGUAUGUGGGCUUUGGCCCACUUCAUGAAGAAACGGGCCGAACCAGAAAAGCUUCUGGCAAAGGUCGACGCAGGGGCAAAAGGGGUAUUUGUGAUAAUGAAUGAUUUCGAAACGAUGAGUAGGAUCGUGAAGAGAUUGGAUCACGAGACGGAGCACAGGAAGUUCGUGGCCGACAUUUGUGUUCGGAAGUUGGGGGAAAAGAAGGUGUUGAAGGAAGUCGUGAAGGAAUUCGAGACACACGAGACGUGCUUCAUGGAGCAACUCGAGGAGUUGGAGAAGCAGAUAUAUCUGUGUUAUUUGGACAUAAAUCGAUCCACAAGGAUGGUUACUAAGGAGAUGAUGGUUAGGUGCUAGUUUGUUUUUGUUUGGUGUUAAAUGUGAGUUUUUGUAUGCUGAAUUUGUUGGUAUAUGUGUUUUAGAGACAAUCUUGAAAAGGACAUAUAAAUAUGAUCACAUUAAUAUUAUAUCUGAUUAUAAUUAU